UGUGGGAUUGGAUGUUCUUGGCAGGUUUUGGCAUUGACUUCUGAUUUGUGAAUUGCAUCUAGAAUUGAGAAUUAAAAUAUUUAUAGAAAAUAGAUAUUUGUGUAAUUUCACGAAAUUUUGUUCAUCUUCCAAACUUCAUUUAUUGGAAAUCACUCAUAUUUUUUCCGCAUUUGAGCUGUACUCAUUUAUAUUUUUCAUGAUAAAAAAAAUAUAAUUAUUGAGUAAUAAACUUGAGAUUAUGUCUUGUUAUAAAUUAAAGAUUUGUUUUUCAUAAUUUGCAUAUAAAUAUUUAAAAUAACAAGAGGAAGAAAGAAAGAGACUCCAACAGUUACAGCGGCUUAAGGGUUUGACCGGAUUGGAAUUCAGACACAGUGAACUUCAACCUUUGCUGUUUCCUGUUUCUCGAGAAACAAACAGAGAAGAGAAAGGAUGGUGCUCUCCACAUCUCUGCAUUCGCUUUGCAUAAUCCCCCAUACCUCUCAAUCUAAAAUCCCAAGUAUCUUCAACCUCCUAAAGUCUCCUUUAUCCAAAACCCACCUCAAAUUCAACCCCAUUUUCAAACCCUCUUCCCUUUCCCUUUUCACUCAACCAUCCAAGCUCAGACCAAAAACCCAAAAUUUCCGUACCCCCACCAUCCGCUCCCUCUUUACCGGUAUCGUCGAAGAAAUGGGUGAAAUCAAGCAACUGGGUAUGGCCGAUCACGGCGGAUUCGAUCUCAAAAUACACGCCAAAACUGUUAUAGAGGAUGUCCACCUCGGUGACAGCAUUGCGGUUAAUGGAACUUGCCUAACGGUGACGGAUUUCGACACCUAUUUGGGAGAAUUCACGGUUGGGCUGGCCCCUGAAACCCUAAGGAAAACUUCAUUGAGUGAACUGGAACCCGGGUCAUUGGUGAAUUUGGAGCGGGCUAUCCAGCCAACAGGCCGGAUGGGAGGCCAUUUCGUGCAAGGACACGUGGAUGGCACAGGGGAGAUAGUGGGGAAACAAGUGGAAGGGGAUUCAUUGUGGAUCAAGGUUAAGACGGAUAAAAACUUAAUGAAAUAUGUAGUGCCAAAAGGAUUCAUAGCUAUAGAUGGGACUAGUUUGACUGUGGUGGAUGUGUUUGAAGAGGAACUUUGCUUUAAUUUCAUGCUUGUAGCUUAUACACAGCAGAAAGUGGUGAUUCCUUUGAAGGAAAUUGGGCAAAAGGUGAAUUUGGAGGUGGAUAUCCUCGGCAAGUAUGUUGAGAGACUUCUCAGGAGUGGUUUUGUUGAUUCCAUUAAAGACUCACGAUUUCCAGAAACUCAUAACAAGCAAACCUUCAAACAAAGUGCAAGGUGUUGAUGAAUGGAUGAUCCAAUCCCCUGGAAUAUCAAGGUGCAAGUUGAAGAAACCAUUGUGCAUUGUCAAUAAAGCGUUUUAAUUGCUGAUUGAAAAAAUGUCAUGCCAAAAUGAUUUUUUAUAGUUGAGUACUUAUUUGUGUAAUUUACCUAAAUGAUAUUCAGUAAAUUUAUUUACUAAA